UUUCGGCGACCAUAAUGAUUUGAGUGUUGCUUCUCUACGCAGUGUUGGAUUGACAUCUUGACAUUUCGCGACAGUUCGAGUGUUCGUACGAGUGCUGAAAGAAAGUUCAUAGCAAAUUGUACACAUUAUUAAAGCGCAUCACCAUGAACGGCGAUAGCCACCUACGUUUCCUUGAUUGGGACCUCACCAAAAGCAGAUAUAAUGAAACCGACGCGUUGCCCCUUAUGGCUACUCCGGGACCGGUUCUCAUGAUUUUGGCGCUGUACUUACUCUACGUAUUGAAAAUUGGGCCUUCUUUGAUGACAAAGAGGGAACCUUAUAAACUAAAAGCUGCAUUGGUGCUUUACAACGGAAUCCAAGUGGUCGGUUCCGUGUAUUUAGCGCAAAGGUACUUUGUACAAUUGAUGCAACAAGGAAUACUACCGAGGACUUGUCAUCUAGAUAUCGAAAAUGAAAGGACAGAGAUCCUCAUAAGCAUAUGGUUUUAUUUUGCUGCAAAGGUCACUGAACUCCUGGACACAGUUUUCUUCGUGAUGAGAAAGAAAGACAACCAAGUGACAUUCCUCCAUCUUUAUCAUCACUCAAUCAUGAUGGUCGGAACCUGGGCUUACUUGAAGUACUGGCCAUCAACAACUCUAAUUUUUAUUGGAUUCCUGAAUUCGAUGGUUCACGUCUUCAUGUAUACGUAUUACGGUUUAGCGGCUUUAGGACCUGAAGUUGCUAAAUAUAUUUUUUGGAAGAAAUACAUAACUAAGAUCCAACUGAUACAAUUUGUAUGCAUAAUCAUACACUACAACACCGCAGUAAGAUAUUCAGAGUGCCCACCAUCCAACGGCGUGGCUACAUUCGUCGCGUGCAACACAGUAUUCUUCCUACUCUUGUUCUUAAACUUCUACCGACAAAGUUACAAUCGUAUAAAUAAACAGUGUAAUGGAAUAUCAAAUAAAGAAAAAUGUGAAAAAAGUAUUAAAGAAGAAUAAAUAGAAGAAUAAAAAUAUAGUCAAUAGAAUAGUAAAAGAAGAAAGAAACCCUAUUAGAAAAUUUAGAAACGGAUCUGAUUGUGCUCUUCUAGUUAAUUUAAUUGAUGGUGAAAUAAACAAUAAUUUCUAAAACGUACUGUACCAAGUAGUUUUGGAAACGAAUGUAAUGGAAACAAGAGUUACACCAAAGAUUAACAAAAUUACUCUUAAAAAGAAUAAUAUAAUGUAUAAUAAUACUGUAUUAGGGGCCGGUGGCAGCAAUUCUGCAAAUGUAAUAUCUAAAAAGAUGAACAGACUCACAAAAGAACAGAAAUUCCGAUUCCUGGUAUUUGAACAGUUUUGUUAGAAAGUAAAACUUUUGUCUUUGUGAUUUGUAUUUAUUUUGACAUAGAAGUUGUUUAAAAAGCCCUAACAGUACUUUUGUUAUAUCGGAUUUCAUAUUAAGCGAUACGAAAAACAUCAUCACUUAAUUACAAGAUUAAUAUUAAGCCUGUCCAUGAAAUCUGUAUAUUUAAUUGUAUGACGUUUUCUACAAUAAUGACAAUCUAUUGAGGAAGGUUUUUGAAUGUCAUGUACUUACAUAAUCUAAAAAAUAGAUAUUAACGAUAAAUUAUUUGGUCGCGUAGAUUUAAA